AUGACGUCAAAUCAUUCACAACGUGCAAAGAAUUCACGGGCUGUUAUUCAGUGCCCUAUAUGUUUGGUGUCGCUGGACACCAACGAUAUAUUUGAGCAUGUACCGCUAUAUCAUGCUGCACUUCACGAACCUUAUAAACGAGAAUACAAGUGUCCGUUAUGCUCUGAGUCGUCGACGGAAUUACGAAGGCAUAUCGAGUAUUCGCAUAGGACACACCCAAAGAGGAUCAACGCUUACUCGCUGGUAGUCUGUCGGCGACGAAGUGAUGACAAGUAUUUGCUAGUCGAGGAAGUUGGGCAAAUGGGUUGGUGGCUUCCGGGUGGUGGUGUCGAUAUUGGAGAAUCUCUAGCUCGGGCAGGAAGACGUGAGACACUUGAAGAAGCUGGUGUUGACGCUAGCAUCAAAGGUGUCAUUAAAGUAGAAUAUAGCAGCAGUGAAAACCGAGGUGUUCGUGUCAGAGGUAUCUUUUACGCAGAGGCCGAUGAACAUGCACUUCCAAAGACAAUACCAGACAACGAGUCAUUAUCAGCUUGCUGGGUUGAUAUAAACGACCUUGAUAAACUUCCCCUACGAUCUCGAGAACCGCUACAAUACUUUAAAUACGUCGAACAUGGUGGGGCCAUUCACUCUCUAGAUGUACUUGCAUAA